AACCAACACCAAUCGUCACUUGCCAGAAGGAACAUGGUGGAGGGAGAGAGAGUCACACUCUGUGGAAUCAUGCAUUAGAGAGAGAGAGAGAGAGAGAGAGAGAGAAGUGUCUUUUGACUGAGCCUAGCCGGCAAAAGCCGUCUAAGGUUGUUGUCACUGUUGAUGAUAAUACUCUUUUUAAUGUCUGAAAACGCGUUGAACUUUCAGCUAUACCCACCACAAUUUUCUCUUUCUUGUUAAGCUUCUGAUCCAUCCUUACCCUUAAUCCCAAUUCAAAGGUCCACGUAGUCAUUUUUUUUUUAUUUAAUUUUUUUUAGUCAAUUCGAUUAUUUAUAUUAGUCUUUGAAUGUUAUCAUCUUCAUCCUAGACAUGGUUGAAUUUUCUCUCCUUUACUUUUUGCGUGGAAAAAUAAUUCCUUUCUGACAGUUAAAGAAUUACCGGUGUGGUGUUAAUAUUGGGGGUUUCUGAAUUCCGUGUUUGAUUGGAGUUUACUGCUUUAGAAGUGGGUCUGUUUGAAAUUGUGUGUUUUUGGAUUCAUGGUCUCUGCUUUAAGAAACAGGUUAUAAGAUGGAAUUGGGUGUGUCCCUAUGAAGAGAAGUUACAAUCUUUGCUUUUGGAUAAAAAAAGAAGGUACUACUUAGUGGGUGAUUUUUAAUGAGUUUUGGUGUAGUUGUUAGGAGAAGAAGUUUUUAGUGGUGAAUGGUGAUCCUAGUUCUUGAAGGAUAAUAUUAUAAUAUAGUUGAAGUAUUAUCUUGCUGCUGCAACAUGGGUUGCAUAUGUUCUAAGAGUUCAGCUGUAGAAGACAGCAAGGAAGUUAUCACAGAGAAUUUGCAUUCAUCUAGCACAAGGCCCACAAGGCCCUCAGAGUUGAAUGUUUUGCGAUUGAAUUCCAGCAAGAGGGUUGAAGGGGUUAAGUUGAAAGAUACGUUAUUCGAUGGUGGCAAGGUUAAAGCUUCAUUCAUUGACAAGAAAGCCAAUGGUUCAGUGCUGUUGCGUGAUGAUCAAAACGGGAAGAAGAAAAUGGAGAAGCCUGAAUUGACUGUUAUUGAUCAUCCUGGCCUUGGAAGGGUUCCAAAGGCUACAGAAGGAGAACAAGUUGCAGCAGGAUGGCCGGCAUGGCUUUCUUCUGUUGCUGGUGAAGCUAUUAAGGGAUGGAUACCACGGAGUGCAAAUACUUUUGAGAGGUUACAUAAAAUUGGGCAAGGAACUUAUAGUACUGUUUAUAAGGCACGUGAUGUGACUCACCAAAAGUUUGUUGCGUUGAAGAGGGUACGCUUUGAUAAUCUUGAUCCUGAGAGUGUCAAGUUUAUGGCAAGGGAAAUCCAUGUUUUGCGUAGGCUUGACCAUCCAAACAUAAUAAAGUUAGAUGGCUUGAUAACAUCACAGACUUCUCGCAGCUUGUACCUUGUUUUUGAGUAUAUGGAGCAUGAUCUUACAGGACUUGUAUCCAAUCCUGACAUUAAGUUCUCUGAACCACAGCUGAAAUGCUACAUACAGCAACUUCUUAGUGGAUUGGAUCAUUGCCAUAGUCAUGGUGUUCUCCAUCGUGACAUAAAGGGGUCAAAUCUUCUCAUUGACAAUAAUGGUGUCUUAAAGAUUGCUGAUUUUGGUUUGGCAAGUUUUUUUGAUCCCCAUCACAGUGUUCCAUUGACAAGCCGUGUAGUAACUCUGUGGUAUAGACCACCAGAACUUUUACUCGGAGCAAAUCAUUAUGGGGUUGCAGUAGAUUUAUGGAGCACUGGUUGCAUAAUGGGGGAACUAUAUACUGGCAGGCCCAUUUUGCCAGGAAAAACAGAGGUUGAGCAGUUGCAUCGAAUUUUUAAACUUUGUGGCUCACCAUCUGAGGACUAUUGGCUAAAAUUGAGGUUGCCACAUUCAACUGUAUUCAAGCCUCCACACAAUUAUAGGCGAUGUGUUGCAGAGACAUUUAAGGAAUACCCAUCUGCUGUGAAGCUUAUAGAGACUCUGCUUUCUGUGGAGCCAGCACAUCGAGGGACAGCAGCUGCUGCUCUGAAAAGUGAGUUCUUUACAUCAGAACCUCUGCCUUGUGAUCCAUCAAGUUUACCAAAAUAUCCUCCCAGCAAGGAGAUUGAUGCUAAAUUGCGGGAUGAAGCAACCAGAAGGCAAGGAGCUGUUGGAGGUAGGGAGCAAAAAGUUGCCUCGGGAGUUAGACAAGAAAAAGGACCUAGGGCCCAUGUCACAGCAAAAGGCAAUGCCGACCCAGGCGCAUCAAUACAGCAAGAGAAACGUUACUCCAGCUCAAAGAACCUAGGUGAAUUGUCCAGUCGUCAUAGGGAACCUGGGUCUGGUUUUCUGGCUUUCCCACACAAACAGUCAGCAGAUAUUAAAGAAAUGGAAAAUAAUUUAUCAGGGCAUGUUUAUAAAAGGCCUUCACAUUCAGGUCCACUCGUUCCUGGUUUUGGCUGGGCAAAGAGUGGGAAGGAAGUGGAUGAUGGGCCUUCUGUUUCAAACAGAGCGAACCUAUCAAAGCUAUCUGGGCUAGUGGCAUCUAGGACUUUAGAUCAGGAGGAAAAACAAGUUCACUUGCACCUCAGAAAACCAAUUGAAGUAAGAAAAUCCAUUGAGUCAACUAAUGUAUCAGAGUCAAGAAGAAGGCACGAUCAAAAACGGAUCGUUGAUCUCGGUCAACAUGAAAAUAGAAGGGUCCCUACAGAAAAAUCAACUCCGGAGGGGCGUGGGUCACUAUUUCAGGAAGGGCGUGGGUCCAAGGGAAACAUGAUAUAUCUCUCAGGUCCAUUAUCCUCAAGCAAUAUGGAUCAGAUGCUCAAAGAGCAUGAUCGGAAGAUCCAGGAGUUUUCAAGACGAGCAAGAAUUGACAAGUCAAAAGCAAGAGGUGAUAAAGCUCGUGCACAGCGAAAGUAGUCCAAUUGCAUAGCUAUUUCUGAUUGUUCAGCUUCUUACAUAUUUUUAUGACAACAUUUAUUUAUCUCUCAACACUUAAGGGGAGAGAAAAAAAUGGGGAGAGGGAGAGAGUGCAUUCACUCUUACUGUAGCAUAGCAUAUUUCAUGUAAAUUGCAGAAUCUAUAAGAAGAAUUUAAUCUUCCUUCCACUCUUCAUGUUU